AUGUCAGAAGUUAGCGCCCAAGAAUAUGUUUCAAAGCAGAAUUCUCUUGAGGAAGAAGCUAGGAUGAGGAUGCCAUGGAAUCCAGACAAAUGCAGCUACGAGCUUGGUGCUUUAAGACAACAAGUCUUUGCUUGUAGAACACACGGCAACAUCGGCAUCUGCUAUUCAUGCUCUAUAAUAUGCCACACCAAAUGUGAUCUUGUAGAACUGUUUACAAAAAGAAGUUUUACUUGUGAUUGCGGAACUGAAAGAGAUAAAAGUCACAAAGAUAGUGAAUAUAAAUGUGAAUUACGUAAAAAUAAAGAAGAUGAUAUACCUUCAUUUACAAACAAGUAUGGACAGAACUUCAAAGGCAAAUUCUGCAGUUGCGCCACAGAAUAUGAUCCCGAAGGUUCGUCUAUUAUGCUUCAAUGUGUUCUUGGCUUAGAGUGUGAUGAAGAUUGGUACCACGAUUACUGUAUUAUGGGACUAUCGAAGCCAGAAGCCCAGAAACUCAUCUCAACAAAUGAGACCUUAGAAGAAACUAUAAUACCUGGUUUUCCAGCGCUUGACAGUUUUGAUGCCUACAUCUGCUGGAAAUGUGUUUCAAAAUAUGACUAUUACAUCAAACAAUUGAUAUCGCACCCUCACUCAGAUUCUGUCAUAGCGUCCAUGCUUUCUCAUACCUAUGAAGACUUACAAACAUCAAAAAAUGGAAAUAAGAAGAGACCUUUAGAGGAUCCUUUACAGGCUGAACCGUAUUCAAUAUUCUUAAAAGAAAAUUAUUCAGAGUCUCUAAAAACCUUAAAACAAUCUUUGAAAAAGGAUGACAAAUUAAACAUAUUCUUAGAAAAGUUGGCACCGUUUCUUAUUAACGAUGAACCUGUUUAUGAACCUCCUGAAGAAAACAAUGACGAGGUAGACAUCUUCAAACUGACAUCUCAAUUAUUACAAGAUUCAUCAAAGAGGGCAAGUUUGAUUGAGGGGUUUUCAGCGUUUCAUUCAAUGAAAUCAAAAUUAAACGAAUAUCUAAAAACGUUUGCAGAUUCUGGUAAAGUCGUUGAAGAAGACGACAUUAAAGAGUUCUUUCAGCAUAUGAACGAUCCAUAA